UUCAUUUUGUUACAUUUGACAUAGCUUUGAAAAAUGUUGCUGAGUAAUAACAAAUCUGCCAUUUUUCUAUCUCUUCUUUUCAUAGCAUAUUGCUGUAGCUAUGCUGUCUCUCUUCCUACUCCUACAGCAGCUAUUCUUCCACAAGGAGAACCUAACCAAGAGGCAGCUAUGCCUAUAUUGGACAGUUCAACAUCUGCACCAAAUCAUCCAAAGCCAGCAAAGAAAGGUGAUCUGUCUAAGGAGGAUAGAUUAAAGAAACUGGAUGAGAAACUAGGACAUGUUCUCGAAAGUCAUAAGAAGAACCCGCCUAACAAGAGUAAACCUCAUUUAGCUGGAGAAACUGCAUUUUCUCAAACUUGGAACUUUGUGAACUCUUCUACAGCAUCCCGUCUGGGUAUUGCCAGAUAUUCUUCUUGUUCUUAUCCAUCCACCGUAUGGUAUUCAGAAAGUGGUCUUAUUUAUUCCAUUAUUGAUAAAGCAGUUCGACUUGUUCUCGAUGACUUUGAUAUACCCAGCAACUUUGUAAAAGAUGCCGAGGAUUUUCUCAACUGGGUAGUCUCCCAAUUUCUUGACUUUUGCAAUAGCCCUUAUUCAUUUUGCCUAGCUUCAUCUGGCGAUAAUUCCUAUUACUUGGAAGGCAUUUCAACGAGUGGUUAUUCUUCCUGCUAUUAUUUAUCCUAUUUUGAUCUUGUGAUAUGCCCUGCAGUUUCUUGGACUUGGGAUACAUGGUAUCAAGAUUGGGAAUGUACCUUUGAGAACCAGUUCUGUGUUGGUUACCUUGACUUGGGUGUUCGAGUAUUUGACUUGGAAUGGGGAGCUGGUGGUGUUAUUCAAGCGCAUAUUGGUGAAAGUGUAGCUACUGCAGCAGAAGGAAGUGUUUUAGUGAAGAGCUUUUGUGCCAAUGCAUUUUAUGAGUAAUAUGAGUUAUAUUGAAAAGUAAAAAAAAUGUGGUUGUG